GUGAAACACCACAGUCUUAUUGUCUGUACAGGGGCAUUGUGGGAUAUCAGCAACCGAAUUGACUGAAAGAAAUGGCAACAAACAUUGAACAGAUUUUUCGGGAUUUUGUGAUGAAUAAAAUAAAAGAAAUAGAAGAUGAAAGUCAGGAUAAGAGCCUUCCAGAGAAGGUGGAAUCUAAUAAUGGGGCACCACACACUGAGCAAGCGGCAGGUGUAAACGAAGAAGCCGCUCAGGUUGAUGCUCUGACCACAGCCGCAGAUAAAGUCUCAAACCCUGCAUCCAAUGUCAACAGUGGCAAAGAAGAAUUGAUUACUAAACACAAGAAAUCUAAAAAGCACAAAAAACACAAAAGCAAAAAGAAGAAGAAGAAACAUAAGGAGAGCAGCUCAGAAUCUGAGUCGGGCGGAAAGACGCAAGAAAGUGUGAAGAAAAAGAAGAGAAAGAAAAAGAAGAAACAUAAACAUGGAGAAAAGGGAAAAAAGUAUGAUUCACCGUCUGGAAGCUCUUCUGAAUCUGACACUGAAUCUGAGUCAGAAAUGAAACCUUUGUGUGAAACUGUUAAAACUUUAACUGGGAAGAUGCCUCAAGAUUUACCUGACAUUAUUCCUAAGCUUGAGACGGCGUUUGACAAACACAAAGAAAGUAAAAAAGACAAAAGAAGCUCCAGUCGCUGCAGGACAUCUCGACAAGACAAGAGUUUAAGAAGGCAGCGCUCCUGUUCCAGACAUAGAUCCAGAUCCCGGUCACCGAGACGAUCUUCGAGAUCAAGGUCCAAAUCACUUUCAAGGAAAAGUCCAAGAAGGCCGUGUGCGCAGAAAAGGUGGAGAAGUCGAUCCAGGUCUAGAUCCCAACGACGUAACCGACGGUCCAGAUCUCAUUCUACCGGAAGAGGCAGACAUUCCAUAUCCAGGUCACUGUCUCAAGAAAAUAGAUCAAGGUUUAACGCAAAGAAGAGCAAGAGAUCUCGAUCCAAAAGUAGGAGAUCGUCAUCAAGUUCCCGCUCACAAUCGAGUGAUCAGCAUCCUGCGAAUGAGAGAAAAAUGCAGAGUACAGAUGCAGAAAUGAAGCUUGAUGGCUCUCUAAACAAAAACCUAAAGGAAGCAGAAAACGGAGACCAAGAGAAAAGUGAGACUGGGCCAGAGACCCCCUCUACCAUUAUUAUUACAGACGGCAUAAUAAAUGAUGGCCAAGUUACUAGAUCUGCAGGCUCCUGGAGACCCAUUCCUUUCCUGAACGCAGGCGUGUCUGUUCCUGACUCCUCUGAAAAGUGUAUUACACCCACAAUGCCUUUGGAUACGAAAGAUGUUUUACUAUAUACCUCAGGUGGAUCCAGAGACCUCCAUGGCACUGAAAAGAAAGAAGAGAUCACUAGUUCUGAACUGAAAGACUCCCAAGACUUUAAACAGAAGUCCAUAUCACCAAAUCAAAGGCAUUCAAAAUCCCCUUCAAGAAAAAGAUCAACGUCCAGUUCACCUUUCCAACAAAGGCAGUUCAGAUCAUCCUCCAGGAACAACACGAAGUCUCCUUUGCAACGGAAAAGAUCCAAGUCCAGAAAACGCACUAGACGUUCUAAAUCCAAUUCGCCCGAUAGGAAAAGGUCAAAGUCCCAUUCACCAGGGAGAAGGAGAAGGUCUAGGACCUUGGAGAGAAAGCGAUCACAAUCUAGACACAGGUCUCGCUCUAAAUCCAGAAGGUCUAGGUCUGGCUCACGCCGGAAAAGGGGCGUUUUCAGAAACCGAAUGUUUAGCCAGCGGGAUCGGUGGAAACGAGAGCCGAGCCAUUCUCCUGUCGUCAUCCUGCGAAAGAAAAGAUCGACCUCCAGAACACACCGUAGCACCAGCACGACACCUCCACGCCUUACUGAGCUCGAUAAAGAACAGUUGCUUGAAAUUGCCAAAGCUAAUGCUGCAGCGAUGUGUGCUAAAGCUGGUAUGCCAAUUCCUGAGAGUCUGAGGCCAAAAACCAUCCUUCAGCUGCCCUUGCCAAACCCAAAUCCCACACCAUUGCCCUUACCCCUGCCCCUACCGGUCAGUCUCCCCAUGGGAAUGCAAGGAAUGUCUAACAUGACCAUGAAUGCUGCUGUGGCCAGCAUGACUGCUGCCACCAUGACCGCAGCUCUAUCGGGCAUGAACGCACUUGCUGCCAUGCCACAGUUGGCACCUUUGCCCACGAUUACCAACAAGCCUCCACCCUCGGCCACGCCAAAUCUGAAUCUGGUCUCCAUCGAGGAAGCGAAAAAAAAAUUGGCUAAGCAAGCAAACACCUACAGCAUCAAGGAGUUGACAGAAAAAUGCAAAAAGAUUGCGGAGAGUAAAGAGGAGAUGGCUAUCGCAAAGCCACAUGUUUCUGACGACGAGGAUGAUGACAGGCCCUUUGGAGCAGUUGCCCUUAAGGAGAAUAAGGGCAUUACCUUCUGUCUCAGUAACCCGUCUGUGAAGCCAGCAGUAAGGACCGAGGCUGCUUUUGCUAAGGAGUUCCCGGUGUCUUCAGGUUCACAGCAUCGCAAAAAGGAAGAAGAUGGAAUGUAUGGAGAAUGGAUGCCUGUGGACAAAAAGACCGAUAAAGCAGGGGCACCUUCAGCAUCUGCUGGGGCCGAGGACCAGAGUAAAGCCAACGACAGUGUCUUCCCUGAGGCGCCCUCACAGCCAGUGGACAUCACGCUUGCUAUUAGUGAAAGGGCAGUAGCACAGAAGAGACUGGCUGAGAAUCCCUUCGACAUCAAUGCCAUGUGCAUGCUCAAUCGUGCACAGGAGCAGGUGGAUGCUUGGGCCCAGUCCAACACAAUCCCAGGUCUAUUCACUGGUUCUACAGGUGCUCAAGUGCUCUCCUCUGAAGAGCUGUCCAACAGUGGCCCACAGGCUUGGAUCAAGAAGGACCAAUUCCUGCGUGCUGCCCCGGUGUCGGGAGGCAUGGGGGAGAUGCUGAUGAAAAAGAUGGGUUGGCGAGCUGGAGAAGGCCUCGGCAAGCACAGAGAAGGCACAGUGGAGCCUAUUGUAAUAGACUUCAAAACUGACCGCAAGGGGCUGGUAGCAGAGGGGGAGAAGACCCAGAAAUCUGGAAAUCUGGUGAUGAUGAAGGAUCUUUUAGGGAAGCACCCGGUGUCUGCUCUUAUGGAGCUGUGCAAUAAGAAAAAAUGGCCCCAGCCCGAGUUUGUCAUGGUGCUCCAUAGCGGUCCUGAUCACCGGAAGAAUUUUCUCUUUAAGGUGGUGGUGAAUGGAUGUGAUUACCAGCCUCAGACAGCCAGCCCCAAUAAAAAGCAUGCCAAGGCCAUGGCAGCUACAGUAGCUCUGCAGGCUAUGGGCGAGAUCGCUGGAGACAACGUGCAUUCAGGACCUCAGUUUACAGCAGCCACCAGCACCUGAUUAGUGCACUGACACAACACACAACUCGCUUCUCAUUUGAUUUGCCUGCUGGAUAUCAGUUCGGAUUCCUUUCUCUUUUCUACUUUUUAUCCCUGAUUUUAUUUUUUUUAAGUUUUCCUUUUGUAAACACAUCCUUACAGACCCGAGCCUGUCCAAGAAAACCUGAAAAAUCAGUAUGUGUGUAAGCCAGUCACCUGUAACAGUGAAGCUUCGCCAAAAGUCAUUACUGACCCGUAGAUUUUAGGACUUUCUGACUUUUAGGCUUCAAAGAGAAAUCCUGCUUUUUGUAACCCAAACCAUCUCUGAUCUGUCCGUCUGCUGUACUACAGGCUUCUUUGUGAAAUGAUGUGUGUUGAUACGGUUCCUUGUUACCCUGAGUUCUGUUUUAUACAUGAUUAAAUAAUGGUUCAUUUGAUACAUUUAGUUUUUUCUUCUUUAUGAAGGAAUUGCAGAUGUGGUGUAAUGUUGCUUCGGUCUAUACAUGUACAUAUGCAUAUGGUCACAUGUGGAAUAUUUUAUUUGAUAAAAUGUAAUAAAUUUGUUGUCUCAAGCA